UUCUUUGAAUUCCUUGUAUUCCUUGUAUUCCUUUUAUCUAUUGUAUUUAUUUUUGAUUGUACACUGUUAAGUAUUCCUUGUAAUCUUUGUUAAGAGAUGGUAUGGAAAAUGAUGAUGUGUUCACUCAAAUAACUGCGAAGCUGAAGCGUGUUAGUCAGUCAGGACGUGAUUUAGAGAUGGAGUAUGAGCUUGAAGAUGAGUACGAAUCUAUUGAAACUUCUCUCCUGGAGGGGAAAUCGAGUGUUGAUCCCGGAAAAAUGGGGAUAUUCGCCACCGCACUGUUCAUCGUCGGAGAAAUGACUGGAUCUGGAAUUUUAGGAGUGCCGCAAGCAUUGGCCUACUCUGGGUACUCCGGAUUCGCCCUAAUGUUCCUGUGUGUAGCUGUUGCCACCUAUACCGGCCUUACUCUCAGUAGAAACUGGAUGCAUGUCAGGGAUCAGUAUCCUCGCUGCGCGAAACCAUACCAAUGUAUCGGAAAUUCUGCGUUUGGAAAGUGUGGCGAAGUUGCUGUACAGGUGUGCGCCAAUGUUACACUAGUUGGCGGAUGUUGUGCCUAUAUCCUCAUUGCUGCACAAAGUCUGUCCCGAUUUCUUUUCAUUGAGUUUGAGGUGGAUUGUAUUGGUUACCGGACAUGUGUUGCUAUCAUGGCUUUGGUGUUCCUUGUAGUCAUUCUCUUUGGGUCCGGAGGGGACUCGCUCCUAGUCCCUGUACUAGCUACAGUUCUCUCAGUUACAUUUACCCUGCUUAUCAUAUACGGAAUCUUCCAGACUGGAAAAUCACCCAACUUCCAACCGUACCAGGUAACUGCGAAAUCAUGGUUCCUGAGUUUCGGGAAGUUCCUGUUUGCGUUUGGAGGACACUCAGCGUUUCCCAACUUUCAGAAAGAAAUGAAGAAACCCAGGGACUUCCCUGGAUCAGUCAUUAUCGCUUUUCUGAUAAAACUUGUCCUCUAUAUCCCUGUGGGUAUAACCGGGAUGCUGUUCUUUGGGGAUUGUGUGAAGCCUAAUAUCCUGCACAACAUUGAUCCUCAAUUUAAAGCUCUGAACGCAUGUAUCCUACUGCUCGUGGCAGUACAGGCAAUAAUGUCCGCCACUAUCCUCGGGAACCCUGUAGCAGCUAUGAUAGAGGGAGCAAUUGGAGCACCACACAAACAGCUGUUUAGUGCUAAACGUGUGGCAGUCAGGAUAGGCUAUGUGGCGGUAGCAAUAGUCGUAUGUGAAGCUAUCCCCAGAUUUGACCUGAUAAUGGCGCUGAUUGGAGGGACUACCAUUAACACUGCAGUAUUUAUCCUGCCUAGCCUCUUUCACAUCAAACUCGCAAAGAAAGACAAAUGGUUAACUUUUAAGAAAACUCUAGACGCACUCUCGAUAACCUUUGGAAUGGGAGCUGGGAUUGUGUGCACAUACGCCUCGGUGUCUCACAUAGUGGACGAGAUGAACAUUCACACAGCUACUUUCAACAGUUAACUGUUGGGAUUGUGUGCACAUACGCCUCGGUGUCUCACAUUGUGGACGAGAUGAACAUUCACACAGCUACUUUCAACAGUUAACUGUUGGGAUUGUGUGCACAUACGCCUCGGUGUCUCACAUUGUAGACGAGAUGAACAUUCACACAGCUACUUUCAACAGUUAACUGUUGGGAUUGUGUGCACAUACGCCUCGGUGUCUCACAUUGUGGACGAGAUGAACAUUCACACAGCUACUUUCAACAGUUAACUGUUGGUAUUGUGUGCACAUACGCCUCGGUGUCUCACAUUGUGGACGAGAUGAACAUUCACACAGCUACUUUCAACAGUUAACUGUUGGUAUUGUGUGCACAUACGCCUCGGUGUCUCACAUUGUGGACGAGAUGAACAUUCACACAGCUACUUUCAACAGUUAACAACACGCUGUAAGGGAACUUUUAUAAUUACAUUUUUUAUUUACCUUCUACAUAAAGUACAUUUACAACACCAAAUAAUUAUCAUCAAAUAAUGCAUGGUAUUGAUAUAAUAUUCUGAAAGUUUUUUGUACCCUUUUGAGGAAUUAUUGUUUGAAGUGUAAUUUUGACAAUUUUAAGUUAA